CAUCUCCUCUGCGCUCUCCCAUUCAACCUCUGUAGUCAGCAGAACGAGCGGGGCAGAGCGGCGGCGCAGCAUCCACGGCCACAGCAUCCUGCAGAGGAGUCUGCUCCACGGAGGAAAAAGAGCCGGUGCCCGGGAGGGGGGGAAAAGAAAAAAAAAAGAAAAAGGGUAGAGCCACACAUGAAGAGAGGCAGAGAGGAGGAGGAGCAGGAGAAGCACAGAAGGAGUGCAAGAUGAAAAGAACUGAGUAAACAUUGCUGCCUAAGGAUCACUGCAGCCACACUAAAUCUGGAGCUGUCAAGCCAACCCUCGGCAAAGCAGUGAGUGAGAGAGGCAAGGGAGCGGAGGAGGAGAAGAAGUGAUUUGAAGAGCUGAUCACAUCACUCUGAAUGGGCAGGGAUGGGAACCCCCGGAGCCUCUCUGUCAGCAGAUCAAACUUCACACGGGGAAAGUGCAUUGGAUGGCCAGCCUGAACCUGCCUCUUCAGAGAAGUAAAAUUAAAGAGUCUUUCUCAUACUUCCCGAAACCUCAUACGGGAUCCGAUUGGUACGCAGCUUAGCACAGCCCAAGUCACCGCUGUCACCUUCCCCUCUCCUCCAUCCUCCAUCGCACCUGCUGGCUCGCGGCGAAUGACUUCUCUGCGCGCUCUCCCACUGCUCGGCAGUUGAACACACUCAUGGUCGAUGCCAAGGGAAGGAACAUGAAAUGUCUGACUUUCUUUUUAAUGCUUCCAGAGUCAGUGAAAGGCAAGUCAAGUAAAAGCUCAAAGAAAGGGAAUGCCAGCGGAGGCUCCAAGCUGCCUCCCGUCUGUUAUGAGAUAAUCACCCUGAGGAGCAAGAAGAAGAAGAAGAUGGCAGCGGACAUUUUUCCCACCAAAAAGUCAGCCUCCGCCACCACGGUGCAACAGUACCAGCAGCAGAACCUCAACAACAACAACACCAUACAAAACUGUAACUGGCAGGGACUCUACUCCACUAUAAGAGAAAGAAAUUCUGUAAUGUUCAACAAUGAGCUGAUGGCAGAUGUUCACUUUGUGGUGGGUCAGCCUGGAAGAACGCAGCGGCUGCCAGGACACAGAUAUGUGUUGGCCGUGGGCAGCUCGGUGUUUCAUGCCAUGUUCUACGGUGAACUCGCUGAGAACACGGACGAAAUCCAUAUUCCAGAUGUGGAGCCAGCAGCAUUCCUGGCAAUGCUAAAGUACAUUUACUGUGAUGAAAUCGACCUGAGCGCUGAUACGGUUUUGGCCACUCUUUACGCUGCCAAGAAGUACAUUGUCCCUCACCUGGCACGUGCCUGCGUCAACUUCCUGGAGACCAGUCUCAGCGCGAAGAAUGCUUGCGUGUUACUCUCCCAGAGCUGCCUGUUCGAGGAGCCGGAGCUGACACAGCGCUGCUGGGAGGUGAUUGAUGCCCAGGCUGAACUGGCGUUACGCUCCGAGGGCUUCUGCGACAUCGAUGCCCAGACCCUGGAGAGUAUCCUACAGCGAGAGACGCUCAACGCUAAAGAGAUAGUGGUAUUUGAGGCUGCACUUAGCUGGGCUGAGGCCGAGUGCCAGAGACAAGAGCUCACGUCAUCGACUGACAACAAGCGGAAGGUUUUGGGCAAGGCCAUGUACUUGAUACGUAUCCCUACAAUGGCUUUGGAUGAUUUUGCCAAUGGAGCAGCACAGUCGGGUGUGCUGACGCUUAAUGAGACCAAUGACAUCUUCCUGUGGUAUACCGCAGCCAAAAAGCCUGAGCUGCAGUUUGUCAGCCAGCCUAGGAAGGGCCUGACACCACAGCGCUGCCACAGAUUCCAGUCCUGUGCCUACCGAAGCAAUCAGUGGCGUUAUCGAGGCCGCUGUGACAGUAUACAGUUUGCAGUGGAUAAAAGGGUUUUCAUUGCCGGGUUUGGACUGUAUGGAUCUAGCUGUGGCUCAGCAGAAUACAGUGCCAAGAUUGAACUGAAACGUCAAGGAGUACUGCUGGGACAAAACCUCAGCAAAUACUUCUCAGACGGUUCCAGCAAUACUUUCCCUGUGUGGUUUGAGUAUCCAGUCCAGAUUGAGCCUGAUACGUUCUACACUGCCAGUGUGGUUCUCGAUGGGAAUGAGUUGAGCUACUUUGGCCAGGAAGGAAUGACAGAGGUGCAGUGUGGGAAAGUGACAUUUCAAUUCCAGUGCUCCUCAGACAGCACUAACGGCACUGGAGUGCAGGGGGGACAGAUUCCUGAACUUAUCUUCUAUGCUUGACAACGCCUGUGCAAACCUUUGACCGAUUAUCAGUGCACUUAUGGAAAAUAGAUAUUUAUCACUUUGUGCAUAGUGUCACUUUCUGUUAUUUAUUUUUUUGUCACUACUGUGCAAAAGAUCUGAUCUCAGACCUGUGAAAGGUUUUAAUGUGAUUUUAAUUUGAAGAAAGGGUCCACUUGAGUAGGACACAAAUCUACUGUAUGUCUCAAGAUGAAUGGUCCAAAUACAAGGAUGAACUGUGAUAAAGUCCUCAAGAUAAAAAGAAUCUCUUGCACUAAAUGUGCAUAUGUAUGUAUGAAUAUAUGUAAAUACUGAAAUGUAUAUGAUGCCACAUAAGUGGCCAAUGCUGAUCACAAAGAUAUCUUAUAUGAUGAAUAUGCUACAGUAUGUUUAUUAUUUCUAUGCUAGCAUAGAAUGCACAUAUAUAUCAGCAAUACUUCAUGAUGAUCAUUUCACAUCGUGACUGGACCAUCAGCAUCACGAUGGAAGUGAAAAAAAAAAAAAAAAAGCUGUGGGACAUUUAAAAACAACUUGAUUCCGGUCAAAAAUGCUAUUUGUCCUCUUGUAGUAAUAGCCAUCUGUAUUUGAGUGAUUUCAAUGGAAUCUGAAGCUUUUUGAUUCUUUGAAUCUAGUGGACAGGGCACUUAGAAUGGGCUUAAGGGGUCUUAGAUUAGGAAGCACUAGAUUUAAUGAGUCACACAACCCCUACAGUAUUUCUCUGUAGCAUGUUGCUCUGCACCUAUAAUCAUCACGUCACUCCGUUUAGAUCAGUGUCAUCACGUUUACAGUGAAAUUUAGUUAGGACUUGGAACGAAUACCAUUCACCACGACAUGGUAGUGUGAACUAUUCCUUGGGUUUUCUAUCUAAUUCUGCCUGCACUGCAGUACUUGCAGCAUGGGCCGACCGGCUCCAUUUCAACUGGUGUGCACUACUAAUUGUUCUGGCGCCUCCGAUAUUUGUUUACAGCAAACAGAUCAACGAUUGAUUAGGUGUUAGAAGCUGUUAAUCUUAUGGAUUUUUUCUUCUCUUUGUUUGGGGUAUUUGAAGAAGCAUACUGUACAUGUACAUGCUACAGAAUUGCACUGAUGUUGGUCUGCUAAUUGACUCGUCUGUUCAUUUGUUUCACUUGUUCAUUUUGACGAGGCAGUUCUAAUUUACCGUGCUACUGAAUAUAUUCUUUCUCGUGUAGAAUAAAUGUCCACAGGAUGAUCUUCUGAAGAUAAUGGAAGGGUAAACUGGUGUUCAUGUCUGUGUUUACGUGCUACGGAGACCAACGAAUGUGUAUGGUUUUUGAUGAUGCCAAUAAACAAAACAAGUGGUUU